UGGAGGAAGAUGGCGGCCGCCCGGGGACUGUCCCUAGCGGCCGCUGCCCUGAGAGCGGUCACCCCCUGGCAGAGGGGCAGGCUCUUUGCGGCUUCCCUGCGACCUCAGGCGAAUCGGGAAGCAUCGUCCUCUAGCCCCGAGGCUGGCGAAGGACAGAUCCAGCUUACGGAAAGCUGUGUCCAGAGGCUUCUGGAAAUCACCGAAGGGUCAGAAUUUCUCAGGCUGGAGGUGGAGGGAGGUGGAUGCUCCGGAUUCCAAUACAAAUUUUCUCUGGAUACAGUUGUCAACCCGGACGACAGGCAAGGAGGAAGGGGAUGGUGCUUGGAAGAUGUUCGGGAGGGUUAUAAGUGCCUCCAGUUGAAGGUGCACUUCAUUCUAAAUUUAAAAGGGUAUUUGAACAGGGUGGGGCAAGAGUGGUGGUUGACUCUGAUAGCUUGGCCUUCGUCAAAGGGUCCCAGGUGGACUUCAGCCAGGAACUGAUCCGAAGCUCAUUUCAAGUGUUGAACAAUCCUCAAGCACAGCAAGGCUGCUCCUGUGGGUCAUCCUUCUCUGUCAAACUUUGAU